CCUGCGAUCAACACACCAACCCUCCUCCAUCCGUGCAGAUGUGUCACCGGACCAGAUUAUUAAAAACUGGAUGAGCUUGUUUCCCUUACUUAAGCACAGGACCGGGCUCAUCAAGUUCCUGUUUUGCCUCACUGGGGCUGGUGAAUGGUCACGACUGAGCCAAAAUGCAGAUCUUUGUGAAAACGCUGACGGGUAAAACCAUUACCCUCGAGGUGGAGCCCAGUGACACCAUCGACAACGUCAAGGCCAAAAUCCAGGACAAGGAAGGUAUCCCCCCUGAUCAGCAGCGUCUCAUCUUUGCCGGGAAACAGCUGGAGGAUGGACGCACCUUGUCCGACUACAACAUCCAGAAGGAGUCCACCCUCCACCUGGUGCUGCGUCUGAGAGGGGGCAUCAUCGAGCCCUCUAUGAAAAUGCUGGCUCAGAAGUACAACUGUGACAAGAUGGUGUGCCGCAAGUGCUACGCUCGCCUACAUGCACGUGCCACAAACUGCCGCAAGAAGAAGUGCGGACACACCGACCACCUCAGACCCAAGAAGAAGCUGAAGUAAACAGCUGGAAUCAAUGAUCAAUAUUGUCAAUAAAACAUUCUGACAAGCACGA